AUAAAUACAUAGUUACUAUACUGUUUGACACUCACUCAUACAGAUUUUCAUGGUGGUUUUCGCGGCACUCGGCGUCAUUGAACUUAUUUCCUUUUGUAAAUCAAAAACUAAGUGAUAAUAUUUGUUUAUUAUUGUUGUACCUUUAAGAAUCAAGAUCGAAUAACGUGUUGACUCGCCGUAUUCGUUUAUUUCAUUAUUAUUAUGCACAUGCAGUUACUUUAAAGAAAUGAUGCAAAUGAAAUAUGAAAUAUUUGAUCAAUUUUAAUAUCGCAUUUUCGAUAUAGCGUUGACCGCGUUACGUCAUUUAUAAAGUAAUCAAUGAAUAUAACAGCUUCAACACGAAAUGGAUGAAUCUGAGGACAAUUUGAGUGCUGAGGAGAUAAAACUUGAAGAUGGUUCAUCUGUUAAAGUUAAAUCAAAAAAGCGGUCUCUUGUUGAGAGGGAGCUUGAAACAAAUUUAACAGCCAGGGUUACCUCUCCGAUCAUGAAUAGAGAUGCCUCAAGCACUAGUCGCUAUGGGAGGGCUCGUCGGUUGAAAAACGAGGCAGAUUUCUGUGAUACUGAUAAAGCUGUGACGAAAUGCUUAAAAUCACCAAAACGUGAAGUAACAAAGUCACCGAAUAAGAUUCAAUCGCCAGCCUAUAAAAUGCAUGCCUCAAACUCUCCUAUAAGAGUUGAGACACCAAAAAAAGAAUCUUUGAAUAAUCAAAUCGAAAGCAUUUACAGCGAAAACAUUUCAUUGAGCCGUUUCAGACCUGAAGAAAAAAAAUCUGCUGCAAAAAAGUUUCCCAAAGUAUAUAUCAGGAAAGAUCUCAUACAGACCAAGGAGAAAGAAAUCGAUGACACUGUUGUAUUGAUAAAAAAUAUAUUCUCACCGACCAACAGUAUAACAAAAACAAAGCCAAAUUUCAAUACAGAAUCGUCAGCUGAGAAAAAUUAUUCAAAUAAGAUGAACAAUUAUAUGAAUACAUUGUCUGUUGUUAAGACAUUGGAUUUUGAUGGUAAUAGAAAGAAAAAGCGGGAAGACAGGACAUCGUUAUCUAAGAGUGAGCUUUUUGAUUUGGAGGCGCAAUCCGAAUAUCAAGUAGGGGAUCUGGCCUGGGCUAGGAUGGGGAGCUACCCAUUUUGGCCGUGCAUCAUAACCAGAGACCCGCAUAGUGGAAUGUUUGUUAAAAAAAAGUUAUUCGGUCGUAUCGAGCGCGACGUUAUGCAUGUUACCUUCUUCGGUGAUAAUGGCCGCCGCGGCUGGAUCGUGGACAGUAUGCUCAGAAAAUUCCUAGGCCAGCUUGAAUUUGAAGCGGCAAGGAUGAACUUUAGCACUGAGGCAAAGAAAAAAGACCCAAGAUUGUUUGCUGCAUUUUUUAUAUCAGAAAAGAAGACACCACAAUGGCAGAUAUCGGUGGAAGAGGCAGAGGCAUUGCUUAGGGAACCGAAACGAUUAAGAAUUGACAUACUAAAUGAUAUGAUUGAAAAGUCCAGGGCCUUGAAAACUACACCCAAACCAGAAAAAGGCAGAAAAAUUACUAGAACAAACAGCGAUGUUUCGUUGAGUGAAAGUUUGUAUGACACAUUAUUUUCCGAAGAUGACAGCAAGGUUAAAGAAACAGAAAGAUCUAGAAGUAAAAGUAGAAAUAAGUCAUUGGAUGUCUCCGAGGUCGUAACAGCCUGUUUGGAUAAUAUGGCCGCCAAAACCGGUAUAACGAGAAUACAGAGGCAAUCACAUAUGGACAGAUGGUUACAGAAGGCUAAAUCCAAAACUCCAGAGAAAUCCCAUCAUAAAACUCAAAUCAGAGAAAGCAGUAGUUCAAAACCAAAGAAAAAAAAUAAAGACAAGAAUAAUAAAAUCACGUCUGAUAACAAACACAACGACCAUGAUUACAGCCGAGAUUACAGUCCGAAAGAUAGUCCAAUCGUCAUCGAGGAUGAAAUAGAAUGUAACGCUGGAGUAUUCGAUAUACAGCCUGGUUCAGGAAUCGGCAUUAUAUCGAAGGUUGAGACGCUCUGUGGUAAAGACAAACAAGAUCACGAAAAAGGUCGCAUUAUAAAUGAGGUAGCACAAGAAAAUGCUGGUGCACAGAAUACAGAUGUUGAACAAGUAAAUUGCGUCGAAUCAGUUCUAUGUGGUACUGAACAUAACAAUGAGAUAUCCCCAAAAGUGGUAUCCCAGAUCAGUACCGACGUCGAGAGUGACGUUGAACAGAUAAAUUCCGUUGAAUCACCAGAAAUAUCAUCAAUACAAUCUGAAUAUAACGAUGAUGAUAAAAAUGAACCCGAACUGUUGUGUGAUCAAAACGACAUCGAAGUAAGCGCUCUGAACAUUAAUGGCAUCAAAAAUACACAUUCAAUAUACACUAAGAUACCGGAUGUUACGGAUAAUAAUAUUUUGGAUAAUAUAUUCGCCACGGAUGACAGCUCUAGUGAUGUGGACACGAACAAUGAAAGCGUCGAUGAUAAAUCGACCAACAAUGAAAUCAAGGAAGCAUCGAUAGAUUUAAAUAACGUGAAUGAGGAGGGUAAAGAAGUAGAAGAUAAAGAUCCAGAAAAGAGCAGUCCGUCUAGAGAUGUGACAGGUCAAAAUGCAUCACCGAUUCAUGAUCGGGGCGAGAAUUUAAAUAAAAUUACUAACAGUGUUGAAAGCUCAUUAGACUUAGAUCAGAAUACAAACGCUAUAAUUAACAAUGACUCACUAAACAAAGAAAAUCAGGACGCGAAAGAUCAAGAAGCAAUGAAUGUUAACAAGAAUGAAUUAUGUGAAAAGGAUAAUAUAAAUCAAGAAUUGGAUAGUGUUGUAGAAAAUAUUUCACCAGACAUAGAAACUUUAAGACGUCGAAGGCGUUGUUUGAAUGUGCCUUUAAACAAAUCUAUCGAUAUUGUUACGAAAACAAGUGAAGAUAAAUCGAAUAUCGACAAAGAAGAGAAUUGUGAUAAUAAUUUAAAUGAAACUGCCGAUGAAUUACCUCAAAAUGUUAGCAAUAACGAAAAAGUAGAUAGUAUGGAAAAUGAUCGAGAAAUAUUGGCAAUAAAUGAUAUGCGGAACCCAUGCGGCGAUAAUGAUAAUGUAGAUUUGGAAACUAAUGAAGAAUCUAGUAGCACUACUCAGGUUAAUACAUCUGAAGAAAAUGAAAAUCAAAAUGCAACAAAGACUGAAUUAACUAUUAAUACUAAUACAAACAGCUCGGAUGAGGAAGCUGAGGGUAAAAAUCCCAUCAUAACAGAUGAGCUAUCAGAUCAAAAUGAUGGGAAAGCAGAUGAGAUUAAAGAAAUGGAGAUGGAAAAAGAUAAUGAUAAUGUAUCAGUUGUAUCAGAGGGCAGCGAUAUAUCAAGAAAGAAACGCGCCAGAGACAAGCCGUCUGAUAAGAAAUCUUUGUUAUCUGAUGUAGAAUUCCUGAAAUAUCUGGAAUUGAGACAGGAUGCGGUCAUAGACGAGCAUCCCGAGCUCUCGCAGGAAGACAUCACUAGCUAUUUAUACAAAACCUGGAUAUAUGAGGAAAAUUUGAAACCAGAUAUAAAGAAAUGCGAUGACAUAGACCAAGCUAAUUUAGUGAAGGGUUUGAACUUAGACCCAGCGCCGGUCAAAAAAGUCAGGAAGAGGGUUAAAGUUGACAAAGAGAUUGCGUGCGAGGACAUCGCGACCAAAGAGAAAUCUAAAAGAAAAAUAAUACGCCCAUACUAUAAAGAGGAAUUUUCAGACGGGGAUGAUAGUGUGGAAUAUUUUGAUAUAUUUAAAUCUAAAAAGGACCAAAAAGGACCAAUUGUGGACAGUAAAGAAAUAUAUCAGAGCGACGGAACUGUCCUCGAACGUAUUAUAAACGUAGACGAAUACGUUCAGGACGAAUACGAUGACGUCGAAGAAUACUUCAGACAGCUAACAGCGCCUAAACCUAACGUCUUUAAGGGUUACGCGAGGGAAAAGGUGUGCGACAUAUGCGAGAAAGUCGGCGGCUUAGUCAAGUGCAAGGGUUGCCAUUCGAUGUUUCAUGUGGAAUGUGACAAGAAGGAAAUCGAGGUUAUAGAAUGCCAGACGCCAACAAGAGGCAGGAGGAGGAAGAAGAAAACUAGAGGAAGGAAGACCAGGGACGAUCACAACCAAGACUCCGGCAGCGACGAGAAGUCGCAAGACACCAACGGCUCGGACGAAUUACAUAUGUCGCUGGAAGAAGAAUCUCAUAUAAUAGCAAAUGCGGACGAUUUUGAGGCUCAAAUGUCCGUAAGAAUGCAAGAAAUACUCAAGGAUCAGGACAUUCAGUACGAUUUCUAUUCACGCGAGGAGUUGGAUUGGAACGACACUCACGCGGGCGAAUGUAAGGUCGUGGACAUAAAGCCGAGAAUGGAUUCCAUAGAAAUAACGGAUUAUUCGGAAUUCAAAUGCAAGAACUGCCAGAAAUACGAUCCGCCGGUAUGUUUCGUGUGUAAAUAUCCUAUAUCGCCCAAAGAGAAACAGGGUCACAGGCAGAAAUGUCAAGUGGCUCAUUGCAAUAAGUAUUACCACUUGGAAUGCUUGGACCAUUGGCCCCAAACACAAUUCAACGGGGGAGAAAUUUCUAGAACGAACAAGUUCAGCGAAGCCCUGACUUGCCCGAGGCACGUCUGCCACACUUGUGUCUGUGACGAUCCCAGGGGUUGUAAGACGAGAUUCAGCGGUGAUAAAUUAGCGAGAUGCGUUCGCUGUCCGGCCACUUACCACACAUUCACGAAAUGUCUACCGGCUGGGUCACAGAUACUGACCGCCUCCCAUAUAAUAUGUCCACGACAUUAUGAACACAGGCCUGGCAAAGUCCCCUGCCACGUGAACACCGGCUGGUGUUUCAUAUGCGCCCUGGGCGGAUCUCUGAUAUGUUGUGAAUACUGCCCGACGUCCUUUCACGCUGAGUGCCUUAAUAUUAAACCUCCCGAGGGUGGUUAUAUGUGCGAGGACUGUGAGACUGGUAGACUACCGCUGUACGGAGAAAUGGUCUGGGUGAAGCUAGGACACUACAGGUGGUGGCCAGGUAUAAUUCUUCAUCCGUCUGAGAUUCCAGACAACAUCCUAACCGUGAAACAUACCCUCGGUGAAUUUGUGGUCAGAUUUUUUGGACAAUACGACUACUACUGGGUCAAUAGAGGCAGAGUGUUCCCAUUCCAAGAAGGUGAUUCGGGUAAAGUUUCUAGUCAGAAAUCCAAGAUAGAUGCAGCAUUCACUAUGGCGAUGGAGCACGCACAAAGAGCUUGUUCGAUUUUGAAAAUGGCUGCGCCGAAUGAAGAAGAGUCUUCUGACAUAGCAUCUUCAUUGUUACCACCUCAUUAUGUUAAAUUGAAGGUGAAUAAACCUUGCGGGUCACUCUGCGGCAAGAAAAUAGAUUUAGAGGAAAGUUCAUUGACCCAGUGCGAAUGUGACCCUAAUGAUGUCGAUCCUUGCGGUCCCUAUACUCAAUGUCUCAAUAGAAUGCUUCUGACUGAGUGCGGGCCGACGUGUCGCGCCGGAGAUCGCUGUAACAACAGAGCGUUCGAGAAACGUCUUUACCCCAGGCUGGGACCCUACCGCACCCCGCAUAGAGGCUGGGGGCUACGGACCAUGCAGGAUUUAAGAGCUGGCCAGUUCGUUAUAGAGUAUGUGGGGGAGCUGAUAGACGAGGAGGAGUUCAGACGUCGCAUGAACAGGAAACACGAGGUUCGGGAUGAGAACUUCUAUUUUUUAACGUUGGACAAAGAGCGCAUGAUAGACGCCGGGCCGAAAGGGAAUCUGGCGAGGUUUAUGAAUCAUUCCUGUGAGCCUAAUUGCGAAACACAAAAGUGGACGGUGUUGGGCGACGUGCGUGUGGGAUUGUUCGCGUUACGUGACAUACCGGCAAACAGCGAGCUCACAUUCAACUAUAACCUGGAGACGUCGGGUAUUGAGAAGAAAAGAUGUAUGUGUGGAGCCAAGAGGUGUUCAGGAUAUAUAGGGGCUAAGCCUAAACAGGAGGACCAACCAAAGAAAAUCAAGCCGCAGGUGAAAAGGAUUUACAGGAAGCGCAAAGCGGAAGAAUCGCCGUCCACGAGCCAGUACAAGAAACGAGGCAGACCCAUAAAACCGCGAGAGCUGACCGAAAUAGAAAAAGAUCUUUUAAUCAUAAAAAAUGCGACCAACGGCCUGUCUAGCGAUUCAGAGUGCUCCAGGAUAAGCAUGGACAGCUGCAAAGAUAUAAAGGCGCUCAAAAGGAAAAGAAUCAACCUGUCCACCGAGGAGUUGUCCCCGAAGAGGUCUAAGACGGAUGAAAUGAAUUUGGUUUAUUGACGGACAUUCGGAUUUAUAUUGUAAAUAUUAUUCAGUCAUCGCUUUACAUAUCGCAUAAAUGUAUAUUCAAGAUUUA